GCCAAUAUGAGCAUGAGACUGAGAACGUUGAUUCGCAAAGUUUUUGCUGGUGUCGGACAUUUUAAACAAUUGAAUAUAUGGUUGGGUAGCAAUUUAAUUUUCUAAAUUUGUAUUGUCGUUGUAACUUGGAUAUACAAAGUACUGCAGUACUGAAUUUAUACUGUUUACUGUUACAUCCGAUUUUUUUUCUUAAAUACAUUACCAAAUGACCUGGUUGAUGGAACGUACGAACAGUUGUGUAUGUCAAACCAUGCCGUGUUCUUAAUGACGUGGAGUUUUAGGUUAUCUGUUUAUUAGACACAUAUAUUUAUAUAUUAUUACACAGCAUGUUUGAAAUAACCGACGUGCAGAAGAUUGGACUGGGCCUUGCAGGAUUUGGCGUGUCAUUUCUUUUUCUUGGUGUAUUACUUCUGUUUGAUAAGGGGCUACUGGCAAUAGGGAAUAUCUUAUUCAUUGCUGGGUUGGCCUGUGUAAUUGGCCUUGAGCGAACCUUCAGAUUCUUUUUCCAGAAGCAUAAAGUGAAGGCAUCAGUAGCAUUUUUUGGUGGAAUGUUUGUAGUACUAAUGGGUUGGCCUCUUUUUGGGAUGUUAUUGGAGACAUAUGGCUUUGUGUUGCUCUUCAGUGGCUUCUUUCCUGUUGCAAUAAAUUUCUUGAGGCGGGUUCCAGUUCUAGGAACAGUAUUAAAUUUACCAGGAAUUAGACGGCUGGUAGAUCGGCUGGCAGAAGAUUCAAAUAGGACUACAGUCUGAGAUUACAUGUAAGGGCAGCUACAGAUGUGAAGUACAGGCUGGCGAUUGUAGUUUGGUUGUCUGUAUGCCCGAAUAAUGAUCUAGAAGUGUCUUCAGCCGGUUUUAUGCCACUGCAAGCGACCACGUUUUCCUGCUCUGAUGACACAGAAGUGGUGCUGUGCCCAGUACUUUCAAACAAAAUAACAGUUUUCAUAUUGUUACAUGCUUGAUGACAAUGAAUGUGUGCACCUUUCAUACACUGGAACAGUUGUAUUAUUAUGAAAUGUUGGUGUAGUAACACAGAACAUGAUGCAUAAUGUCACAUGUUGUCAGAACAGAGAAUGACUUACAUAGAGUGGCCAUAUAGAGAAAGGAAGCCUACACACUUUCAGUUAACAGGAAUACAGGGUGAUUAAAAACUGACAGAACAGGUGUAAAAUAUAUUUGGUCCUUUAUAUUAUUACUGCAUCAAAAAUGUUAUUCAAAUUAAAUUCGUGUACUUAAUCUUUAUGAUAUGUGGCUAAACAUGAAAAUGACAAUGGGAGAAUAAUUUUUUCAUUUGAGUAAUUUCACAGUGUUAAACUGAUAUAUUUUAAGUCACUUGUAACUUGUCUCUUGUGGCUAAAAUGUUUAGUCAAGAUGUGAAGAAUCCUCCAUUCAGUCUGGAUGCCUGAGGGACACAAACAGUAGUUCUAAUUAAUUUCAAGAAUCAGUUCCCUUCCUUAGAAACAUUUAUUGAGCUGAUCAUGGAAUUUAAUUUAACCUUUUAUGAAUCUUGAAGGAUAAUCACUGUGUUGACAAGAGCCUGCUAUGUCUUAAGCCAGAUGAGUCCACUCCAUGCCCCCAUACAAUUUUUUCUUUAGGAACUAGUGUAUUCUCCAGUGCAUGCAUGGGUAUCCCAACUUAUGGCUGUCUUGUAUGUUCAUGAUACCCUUCUUAUGGUUCAAGAAACUCGAAAAGAUCCAGUUUCUUCAUACAAAAGUGAAACUUGCUUAUAAUAGAACCUCAAAGGACCUCAUCUUUUUGUUUUAGAUGAUUUUCCAAAUAAUAUACAGUAGGUAAUUCUGGAUUAAAACAAUGUAACUACCUCGUAUAUUUAUGGUCUAAAUAUGAAGCCACAGAUUCACGUGUCAUGUACCUAAAUGUCCUGAAUUGUGAGUGUGUCCAUUCAGUUGCUUUAUUCCCUUUCAAUUUCCUGCCUUUAUUUGUACCUACUUAAGUACCCUUGUAAGUACACUGCACAAUUCCUUCUCAUUUUUGAGACAGAUAUUUCUUCUCAUAUAAUUUCUGGGAAACACAGCACAGAACUGAGAGUUCUGUUUUCUGUGUCAAACAGUUUCCAUCAAUUAGAGGCAGUUUCGCACUGGUUUUUACUUUGUAUGUUGGUACCAGAUAAAUAUUCUGAUAAAGGUAGUUUCUACAUAGUCCAAAUUCUGGUUUGAUCAUAUUUUACCAUACUUUCAAGAACUGCUGUUUCUAGGGUGCUGUGCCUUGGAUACUUCUCAUUUUUCAAUAGUAGAUAACUUUAUAACUCAGCCUCAGUUAAAAAUUUGUCUCCAGUGUAAAAUGAGACAGUAUAGCUCAUUUAUUAAAAUGAAUGGAUUCUGACCGAAUGACCGAGGUUUGGCUCCCAGCCAGAGCAAGAAUUGUUCCCUUUGCCAACCCUGUCCACACUGGCUCUUUCUCUCACCUUGCCUCUUUUCCAUUGGAUGUCAGUGUUCUUUCCUAAGGAGCAAAAUGGCUGAAAUUGAUCACAUCUCUUUUGAGUGUCAGUGCAUAACAUGCAUGGAAUUCUUUUGACCAGUUGGAAGUGUCAGCAGUGAAGGCGUUCUUGUAAUUUGGCUCUUUUUGAAUAAAUUUCUGUGAACCGUGA